AUGCCAGUAUAUGCAAAAUUCAUGAAGGACUUGAUCAUCGAGAAAAGGAUAGUCAGUUAUGAACCUGUUGACAAUAUUCAUCAUUACAGUGUUGUAGUCACUAGAUCUUUGGUAGAGAAGAAGGCGGACCCUAGCACUUUCAUAAUUGGGUCUUUCAACUUUACUCGAGCAUUAUGUGAUUUAGAGGCUAGCAUCAACCUCAUGCCCUUUGUUGUAUUCAAACAAUUGGUGUUGGGAGCUCCCAAACCAACUACUAUGAGACUAGUAAUAGCGGACAGGACAGUGAAGAAGCUUGUUGGUAUCCUUUAUAAUGUUUUGCCUGAUAAAUUGAGAGUGGUGUCUGUGAUUGAUGUAGAUGAUGAGGAGAUAGAUUUAUUCCAAGAUGUUGAUGCAGUUACUUUGUGUGAUGAUGGUUUUGAUACCAUUGUUCCUACAUAA